CAUGUAUUGACUCAGUGAGCAGCUCGUGAUCAUUUUAGAAUCGGACAGUGUUCCUAAAAGGAUCGAGAUGUUUGAUGUGCUUAUCAUUUCAUGAAGAGCUGGCACAGGAGCCUCCGUUCUUUCCUCCAAGGAGGGAGAAAACAUCAUAUAUGACGUCAUACCGGGUGACAUUCUACUCCUGGAUCAAACCGCUGGCUUGAUUGCCGUUUUCGGAUUGGACGUCCGUUCGGAAAAACUUCGAUAUUGGACCAUGGCAGACCAGACUUCUAAGAUCUGACAGCAGGAUACUUAUCCCCGACUAAUCAAAGACUGUGGAGAUUCACAUUGGAGCAUUGGAAAGAGGGUCGUCAAGCGAGAAAUUUCAAUCCCGACCCAUUCCUACGCUCGUAUCCUUGGUUGACGGCAGAGCACCACAUGCCCGAGAAGGAUCAUGUCGUCGAAGGAGACCAGGUUCUGACCAGGAGCCCGGACCUUGUCCUCGUGAUGAACACGCCAAAGGGUCGUGGCGUAUUCGCAACGAGAGACAUUCCCAGCAGAACCGUCAUCGAGGUCAGUCCUGUGUUGGUAUUUACCGAGGAUGAGGUCGAGAAUCAUACCCAACAUACAGUCCUCCAACAUUACACCUACUAUUGGCCAUCUCCAUCGGGACGCAGCAUGACCCAAGCAUUGGCCCUAGGUCUAGGCAGUAUGUUCAACCACUCGACUCGGCAACAGAAUGUGGGAUGGCAGCGAAACACCGAGACCGACGUCAUUGUUUACACGGCACUACGUGAUAUCAAGCAGGGGGAAGAGUUGUGUAUAUCGUAUGGCAGCGCCAGACUCUGGUUUCCCGAUGCCGACGGUGAUGCUGGCGGCGACGGCGCUGAUGACGAUUGGAAUAAUGACACCGGGGGCGAGACCUUAGCAGAGUUGGAGCUGAGUGGAUUGGGGAGGUUGGACCUGUGAAUGUCAAGUUUUGCGCACCUAUUCUGAGUCACAGGGAUGGUAGGAACGAACUCUGAUUCAGUGUAGCGCCCAGCAAUGGCAAUGCUUGUACCUAAACGAUCUAUCCGACCGACAAACAUCUCAUCCUCAGAGUCGUCGACGCAUUGGGUCUUGAGCUUCAGCAUCAAGGCUCCAGGCAAGAUGAGACGACGGUCAGACCAUAUGGUGGCACGGUUAGCAUUGACUCACGAUGGAGACAACAAAUGUGUGGCUCGAAUCUAUAGCCACGCCCUUUGUAGAACGCAUCAUCUUGUCGACCUGUACAGAAUAAUUUUGACGAAACGUAUCAACACCAAACAGACGGG